CGCUACCUAUUUAUUCAAAAGGCAAAAACAAACACGCAAACCGCAAAAACUUGUACAUAUACAAAUCCACCGAAGAAAGAAAAGGGGAAAAUCAGGAUUUAGGUUUUGAAACGAUGCCGAAGAACAAGGGAAAGGGAGGGAAGAAUCGGAAGAGGGGGAAGAACGAGGCCGACGAUGAGAAGAGAGAGCUCGUCUUCAAGGAGGAUGGGCAGGAAUACGCCCAGGUCAUGCGCAUGCUCGGUAACGGCCGCUGCGAGGCCACUUGUAUCGAUGGCGUCAAGCGUCUCUGCCAUAUCCGUGGCAAGAUGCACAAGAAGGUUUGGAUCGCCGCCGGUGAUAUUAUCCUCGUCGGUCUCCGCGACUAUCAGGAUGACAAGGCUGAUGUUAUCUUGAAAUACAUGCCCGACGAAGCUAGGCUGCUCAAGGCGUAUGGGGAGCUUCCCGAGAACACCAGGCUCAACGAGGGUAUUGCUGGUGGGCUGGACGAGGAAGACGAUGGCCCUGGUGAUGAUUACAUUGAGUUCGAGGACGAAGACAUUGACAAACUCUAGAGAUACCACCUCUUGUUGUAUGGGCCAUUCCUUGCACAUUGCCUCUUGUAUUGUUGAUGGGGGCUUUCUAUCCUAUGUCUCUAAUGUUUUUAAGUGAUAAUAUGGUGACAUCUUUAUUUGGCAUCUACGUCCAAUACGCUGCACUUCUUAUAUAUAUACACGCUUAAUAUUGAUGAAUUUCCAUUUUUUGGUAA